AUGUCUUCCCUGAUCCCGACCUCCACAGUCGCUGAGCACGCUGACCUGGAUAGCUGCUGGAUCAUUGUUCACAGCAAGGUCUACGACGUUACAGAGUUCUUGGACGAACAUCCUGGUGGAAGCAAGAUUAUUCUGAAGUAUGCCGGAAAGGACGCGACCGAGGCAUACGAGCCCAUUCACCCACCGAAUGCCAUUUUGGACAAUUUGCCAAUCGAGAAGCACAUUGGCUCAAUCGACCCAAACACCGUGGUCAAAGUCGUAAAAGAGGUUACUGAGGAGGACAGGCGCCGCCAAGCCUUGAUGGACGCCCGACCGCCUCUCGAUGAAAUCCUCAAUCUGCAUGACUUCGAGUCUGUCGCCAAGACCGUCCUCACACCGAAGGCCUGGGCAUACUACUCUUCCGCAUCUGACGAUGAGAUAACCAUUCGCGAGAAUCGCGCAGCCUUCCAACGCGUCUGGUUCCGGCCCCGAAUCCUCCGGGAUGUCACAUCCGUCGACUGGUCGACCAAUAUCUUGGGCUGCAAGUCUUCUCUCCCCGUUUACAUUUCUGCCACUGCUCUUGGCAAGCUCGGCCACCCCGAUGGUGAACUCAACCUCACAAGGGCCGCAGCUAAGCACGGGGUCAUUCAAAUGAUCCCCACAUUGGCCUCGUGCUCCUUCGACGAAAUAGUGGACGCUGCCCAGCCCAACCAGCCCCUCUUCCUCCAACUCUAUGUUAACAAAGACAGGGAGAUUACGAAGAAAUACGUCCAACACGCGGAGAAACGCGGUGUGAAGGCGCUCUUCAUCACCGUCGAUGCUCCUCAGCUCGGUCGCCGCGAGAAGGACAUGCGGAUGAAAUUCGUCGACGAUGGCGCUGGUGCCAAGGUGCAGGAAGGUCAGAAGGAUGUCAAGAAGGACCAGGGUGUUGCCCGUGCUAUCAGUUCCUUCAUCGAUCCCAGUCUGUCAUGGAAAGACAUACCGUGGUUCAGGAGCAUCACGAACAUGCACAUCAUUCUAAAGGGUGUCUCGACCCCUGAGGAUGCUAUCCUCGCCUACGAAGCUGGCUGCCAGGGAAUCGUCCUGAGUAACCACGGAGGUCGCCAGCUCGACACGGCACGCUCUGGCCUCGAAAAUCUCAUCGACAUCGUCGCUGCCCUCAAAACCAAGGGACCCUGGCCUAACCCCAACUUCUCCGUCUUCGUUGACGGUGGUGUACGCCGUGCAAGCGACGUCCUCAAGGCGAUCGCACUCGGGGCUUCCGCUGUCGGUAUUGGUCGUGGGUUCCUCUAUGCAUUCUCGAGCUACGGUCAGGAGGGUGUCGAGAGGGCCUUCGAGAUCCUGCGUGACGAGUUUGAGAUGAACAUGCGCUUGCUCGGUGCCCGCAACAUUCGUGAGGUCGUUCCUGACAUGGUCGAUGCCAGUGCUCUGAGUGCGCAUGCUGGUCUUACCCCCACGGACAACCUCUUCAACACGACCUACCAGCCCCUCGGCCUCGCGCAGUUCAAGAACGCGAAGCUAUAA